CAAAAAGCACCUCUUUUGUCUCCCUCCCUCGUCUUCCUCACCAAUGAAACCCUAAUUUUCUCUCCUAUCGAAAAACAUUGAAAACACCUUUUUCCUCUCCUUCUCCGAAAAAGCACAGAAUCAUCACAAAUAUACAUGAAGUUACUCUUCAGACUUCACCUUUCGAUGUUUCAUCUUCUCUUACAAUCUCAAAAAUGACAAAACAAAACUUCACCACUAUCCCCGUGGCCCCUCUCCCCGUUCCCACCGCAUGCGGCAACUGCGGCGUCGAGGAACGGUGUUUUCUCCACCACGUCCGUCACCGAGGGAUAUUCCGGCGACUUUGCACUAACUGUGUUCUCAGACUUAACACUCAAUCAUUUUGCCCUACUUGCUUGCUCGUUUACGACCCUUCCCCUCCCCCUUCCUCUUCCUCAAACGGCCUCGUUUCAUGCCACAAAUGCUAUUCACUCUCUCACAACUCCUGCGUGGGCCUCAACCCUCCUCACCCUUACGUUUGUUCCCUUUGUGUUAACCCUAAUUCCCCUGUUUUUUUCCUCAAAAAGGGAAAAGAUGUUGGUGUGGAUAAUGAGGAUGCUAUGGUUAUUGAUAAGCAGGCAGCUAGGGUUUUGUUAACGGCCGCGAGGAUCGCCGCCGGGACUAUGAAUAAAGCUGCUGUGGCUGCUAAGGUGGAGGCGGAGAGGAGGGCGAAGGACGCUGCGUUUACUAGGAAACGAGCUAGAGAGGCUUUAGAUCAUGUUGCUUACCUUGAUGCUAGGGAUAAAAUGAAGAAGAAGGAUGUUUUAUUGCGGUUGCCUUCGAAUGUGAACAACAGAGGCAGUAGUAAUAAUAAUCGAUGCCUUAGUAUGGUUGUAGCUGCUGUGCCAUUGGAGGAGGUGCAUAAUGUCCUGAAUGCAAAUGCAGCAGAUAGGUUGGAUGGUUCUUCUGAGGUUUUGGUAGCUUUGAAUGCUGUGGACUUGAAAGGGCAGAAUCCAGUCCCAGGGUUGCCUAAUGGGUCUGCAAUGGAUGUGGAGAUGAACAGGGGUGCAAUGGUGAUCCCUACUACAUCUGCUAUUAAUCAUAGCGGUGCUUCUGGAGCUGAGGAGGACAAGUCUGGGGAACUGGAGUGUUCGAAUGGCCAAAGGGAGAUGGUAAACAAGACCGAACAGGAUCAAGAUCAGCAUAUGGUAAAUCCCAAUGCUGGGAAAUCGAAUGGUAGUAUCUCGCAUCAAUAAUUUGUAGCAUGAAUAAUGGUAAGAUCAAGGUGGGGUUAGAAAGAUGUUGAUUUGUGUAAUCAGGUUAUGAUUUUGCGAUUACUUGUGGCGUAAUUGCCCUUUUUCGCAGGUCACAUUGCUCGCAAGAAAUCUAAUGUCUGGGCAUUCUAUCUGUCUGAAUGUGAAGACUGGGACAUGGUGGGUGUGGGUAGUUUUUGUUAGACUAUGGAUAAUAUUCGUACAGUAUUUUCUUUGUAGAGAGACGUUCUUUGUACUUUUAUCUAAUGAAAGGCCAGUUCCAUGCGUUAGUGCUUCCCUGAA